AUGUCAUCAAUCCAUUUUCUAUCGCUCGAAACUCGCCAGAUCAUCCUCGGUUACCUUGAUAUCGACUCUCUACCUUCUGCCAUUUGCAGCUGUCGGCCAUUCUAUCUGGCUUACAAGGGGUAUGAGGCACCUGUGUUGAAAACAUGUCUGUAUACUACCAUCACGCCCGAGAUACUACCAUAUGCCAUACUCACCCUAGAUACCGCCAAAUCAGCGCACGGGGAUGUGAUUGAAUACCACAAGCUGAUUAGAAAGCGAUUGGGGAAUCCCACGGAGACGCUCCGCAAAUGGAGUUGGGAUCUAUGUGAAAUGAAGGAAUUACUCUUCGUCCACAGACAUCUCUCCUUUUUCAUAGACGAUUGCAGCAAGAAGGCUCUGGAAGAGUUCCACAACUCGUUCGGAGAGACAGAGGUUUGUGUUCCCUUAUCGCGAAAUGAAUGGGCCCGCAUAGCCCGAUCCUUCUACGCUCACCUGGUUAUACGGCAAGCAUGCCUGAAUUGCUUUGUUAGGCUGAAUCACUAUCAGUAUUACAGUGGAAGCUGUACUUUCGAAUCCCUGGAGACGUCUGUGGCUGAGAAGCUAUUGUUAAACUGCAUUGACCUGGAGCAGCUCUACAUCGUGAGCGCUUAUUUUGGUGACAUCAAAUUUACGGAGGGCGUACUCCCGAUAACAUGGAGACUCUGCAAUACAAACAUGGAGAAAGGAAUUGCCGGUAUUUUCCGUGAGCGCGGUCGCUCUCCAGUACCUAACCCCAAUCUGGCACAGGCGUGCCUUUCUAGUUUAAGCGUUCGAACAUGCCGUGCGGCGUUUAGGGAGGAUCUCGGAACAUAUAAGUAUGGGAUAGUAAUGUGGGAUAAGGAUAGGAUGCUCAACUCGAGGCUCAAGGAUAUUUAUCGGACAGAUUGCAGCGUGCCUCUAAUGUUCUAUAUAUAUGAGUCCAUGAUGGUGUCUUCUGCGGAGCAAAACAAUAACGCUUCCUUGAAUGAGACCGCAGAAAUUUCGACGAUACUACCGGAAAAGAAAAAGACAGAGAACAAGGCUACCGCGUUCUUCGAUGGCUCCCCUCAACAACCGGGAUGUCAAGCUGUCUCACGGGCAGUAUCGCAUGACCUCAUGUCAUGGUGCUCAGAUGAAUUGCGCGCAGUGAAAAAGGAAAAGGCAAUGAGGAGUGAUUUGUCAAUUGGUGCUCAUCAUCCGGGAACAAGCUGGGGUAGCCCGCUUGGACCGGUGUCGAGUUGCCAGCCUUAUUCUCGGGUUUGCCGGUGGGAGAACUGA